CGAAGUUGUCACUUCUCCUGCUCUUCUCUUAUACGCAAUUUGUUUGCACUAGUUCAGCUGAAACCAACUUCAUUUUCAAUUUUCAGUGGAGAAAACCAGAAAGCCAAAUGAGAGAAAACCUAUCAUCGUCUUCCUCUUCAAUGUUUUCUAAAUUUCUUGCAGAUUGCGGUGGAAUCGCAAUCGUUGAUGGCGGAUUAGCGACGGAACUAGAGCGUCAUGGCGCUGAUCUUAAUGAUCCUCUUUGGAGCGCUAAAUGUCUUCUCACUUCUCCUCAUCUUGUUCGUCAGGUUCACCUUGAUUACCUUGAAGCAGGUUCUGAUAUUAUAAUCUCUGCAUCAUAUCAGGCGACCAUUCAGGGAUUUAGGGCUAAAGGGUUCUCUCUAGAAGAAAGUGAAGCCUUGCUAAGGAAAAGUGUUGAAAUAGCCUGUGAAGCACGUAACUUGUAUUAUGAAAAAUGUGGUAGAGCGUCAAUGGAAGAUAGAGAUGAUAGCAAGAUCCUAAAAUGUCGGCCCAUCUUAGUUGCAGCAUCAGUUGGGAGCUAUGGUGCUUAUUUGGCUGAUGGUUCUGAGUAUAGUGGGGACUAUGGUAAUACAGUGGAUCUAGAUUGCUUGAAAAAUUUUCAUCGGAGAAGAGUUCAGAUUUUGGCUGAAUCAGGCGCUGAUCUGAUUGCAUUUGAAACAAUUCCAAAUAAAUUAGAAGCACAGGCUUAUGCUGAACUCCUGGAAGAAGGAAAUGUAAACAUUACAGCUUGGUUUACUUUUAAUUCAAAAGAUGGGGAGCAUGUGGUCAGUGGUGAUUCCUUGCUCGAGUGUGCAUCAAUUGCCGAGGCAAGCAAUAAGGUUGUUGCAGUUGGAAUUAAUUGUACCCCUCCAAGGUUUAUCCAAGGAUUAAUUUUGUCAAUUAGAAAGGUGGCAACCAAACCAAUUAUCAUAUAUCCAAACAGUGGUGAGACCUAUGAUCCCAUCAUAAAGGAGUGGGUGCAAAAUUCAGGGGUUGCAGAUGAAGAUUUUGUGUCUUACGUGAAAAAUUGGUGGAAAGCAGGAGCUUCUUUAUUUGGCGGAUGCUGCAGAACUACCCCAAAGACGAUAAAUGGUAUUUACAGGACUUUCUCAGAGCGAUCAGCAUCUCCACGUUAACUACUUUCUGAUACUCAACUCUUGAGUUUUAUUUGACCAACUACAGAAUGUGUUUGAUGUCUUGUUUACUUUAGGCCCCUUCAUGUUUUCUGUAUAUAGUUUUUGGAGGUGUCUGCAAAAAGACCACCGUUGAAUACAAAACUAUAUAAACUUUGCAUAACUUCUGGAGAAGGGGAAAUCUUCAUCCUGUACUAAAUCUUCUAUCGUUUUCAAUCAAGUUAGAUCUUUCAUAAUCUUUCUAACUUAAA